AUGGCCGUCGAAGUGAGAAAAUAUCAUCUGUUACCUACAAAUCUCAUCCCCAACUCUCCCAGGCCUCUACUUCAUUAUAAGAACGUUUUGCCAAAGAAUAUCUACUCCUCACACUGCGACCCAGGCGAAGUUUGGCAAAUUUUUACUAAGAAUGGAUGGAAAGUGAACUGGCUCUUUCGCUACAGUGACACGCAACUGUCCCACUAUCAUUCAAAUGCGCAUGAAUGUAUGGCUGUGCUUUCAGGAACGGCGAGCAUCCGAUUCGGCGUCGCCGACAUGUCAGCAGACAUGCACGAGAACACAUAUAACUCCGCUUGGGAGGAAGGAGGUCUCGUGCUGGAAGCCGAAGCGGGAGACGUGUUUAUAAUACCAGCCGGCGUGGCACACAAGACACAUAAUACUUUUCCCAAGGCCGACUUCGCGCUUUUGUCACCGGGGAAAGGACAUGGUAUCGAGGCUGAUGAUCCGAAAAAAGAACUAUCCGAGAUCAAACUGAAUGGGUUUACAAUGAUGGGAGCCUAUAGUGGAGGUGACUGGGACUUCAUUGCAACUGGAGGGAAUUUUGAAAGGGUGUGGGCGGUUCAGAAGCCGAAGUAUGAUCCUGUUUUUGGAAGCCAUGAGAUGGGGCUUUGUGCAAGGUGGCAUGGAAGUAACCAGGAGCCCAAGGCUCGCCUAUAA